AUGGUGGAAGAGGAAUUUUCUACUGUCAUCUCCCCACAGUGCACUGAUUUUGACAACCAGUCAAGGAUGAGAGUAUCUUUGUGGAAGUCAGGGAGCCCAGUGGAGAAGUUCCGGCACACCAGUGGAGCAAAAAAAUCUGAGAACAGACACCACAAGAAAGUGGUUGUACCAAGUGCCAUUCCUUCUUUUCAUGUUUUAGAACAGGCCAAAUUCAGCUGUGUAAAGGAGAAGCGCUGCAAACUCCUGAGUUUACCGCGCCGGGAGGCCCACGUCCCGCCACGGCCGGUUCAGACUGUCCCUCCUCCCUGUCCUAGCACACUCACCAUUUCCCGGCUUUGGGCUCCUCCGGCGUCUUCCCAUAGACUCCCGCGGCCCCUGCAGCACGUAUUUACGCUGCAGCAGACACACCUGAGGCAACCCACCUGCACCUACUCCUGCACCUACUUGGCCCUCAUCCUACAUGACAAUGAGGUGACGAUCACGGAGGAUAAGAUCAAUGCCCUCAUUAAAGCAGCCGAUGUAAAUGUUGAACCUUUCUGGCCAGGCUUGUUUGCACAGGUUCUGACCCAUGUCAACAUGGUGAGCCUCAUCUGCAAUGUAGGGGCUAGUGGACCUGCCCCCUCCACCAUUGCCGCCCCAGCUGAGGAGAAGAAAGUGGAAGCAAAGAAAGAACGUGAGGAGUAUGAGGAUGACAUGGGCUUUGGUCUUUUUGACUAA